CCUCGCUGGUGCAUUUUUAUACUCCAACCUUCAAUCUGCAUCCUUGAGGUAGCUCAAUUGAUCCUGUCGACCUUCUCCACGUGCACUGACAGUGAAUCCCCGAGUCUUUAGAACGGAGCUCGUGCGAACGCUUUACUUUGAUUCAAAGCUGAGUUGGUUGAUCGAUAUCUGUGCGCAAUGCACUAUACGCCUGAGUAAAUCCUCGAGCCUUUCUCCAUCGCAUAUUCAGCAACAAAUAUUUUCAUGCACCUUAUCGAGAUGAAUGUGCAAUAUAGUGUUACACAGGAUUUGCGGUCAAUGUGCCGUCUAGCGUCUUGAGGCUCAAUAUCUCUCCAGACUGCGCUGGUGUAGCAGAACACAGACGCGGCCGUUUGGUGACCGGCACCCGAAAACGCAAAAAAUAAAAUAAAAAUAAAAAAUGUCCGACUCAAACGAACCACGGCCGCCGACUUCGGCCUUCGAGAGUCCAACUUUUGGAGAGGAUAGCUCAUUCCACGUGGAUCAGCCAGUAGGCUCUAUGUCCAUAUCCCCAUGUGGACGGGAUGUGGUCCUGGCUUCGAAAGAGGGUCUUCACAUUAUUGAUUUAGAUUCCCCAUAUUCACCACCUCGGUAUCUUCCGCACCAUACACCCUGGGAGGUUGCCGAUGUUCAGUGGUCUCCAUUCGCUGCCCGGGACUACUGGGUGGCCAGCACGUCCAACCAGAAGGCCUUGGUGUGGAACCUGGCGAUGCAGACUUGCCAGAAUUCCAUUGAGCAUGUUUUACACGGUCAUACUCGCGCUAUCACUGAUAUCAACUUCUCUGCACACCAUCCGGACACCUUAGCAACGUGCGCUGUCGACAGCUUUGUUCACUGUUGGGAUCUUCGAACUCCAUCCCGACCGGCCUUUUCGUUUUCAGAUUGGUUUGCAGGAGCCACGCAGGUAAAAUGGAGUCGACAAGACCCAAAUGUCAUCGCUAGUUCUCAUGACAAAUUCCUCCGUAUAUGGGACAAGCGGAUGGGUGCUUACCCAAUUAGAUCGAUUGAAGCUCAUGAUACCAAAAUCUACGGAGUGGAUUGGAAUAGGGUUCGACGCGGGGCCUUGGCGACGUGUUCCUUGGAUAAGACAAUUAAAUUCUGGGAUUAUACCGUCGAGGACGAUGUUCCAGAGAAAGUAAUCAAGACGCCGUUUCCUGUUUGGAGGGCACGAAAUACACCAUUUGGCUGGGGCAUCCUAGCUAUGCCCCAAAGAGGCAAUAGCGACCUCCAUCUUUACAGCCGCAGAGCUGGUGAUAGUGAAGAUCCUGAUGGGUAUCAACCCCCCGUACAUAGCUUUCCUGGCCACAAAGGCCAGGUGAAAGAAUUCCUCUGGAGGGCGCGCGGUGGUGUUGUCGACGGUACCGACCACAGAGAGUUUCAACUCGUCUCGUGGGGUACCGAUAAAGAGCUUCGUCUACACCGUGUUGACUCUGAUGUUCUUCGAAGGGUCGGUCACGAAAAAGGAAAAUCAUAUAUAUCUAACCUGAAUGUCACCCGGAAAGGGGCUAUUUACAAAAGCUUUCGUGACGAGAAUGUUGGUCUGGAAUAUGCGGACACGGACCCAUUGUCACCGACCUUUCAACCUGCGGUCCCUCCGCCUUCCCAAGAGAUGGGUAUGAACACCAUCUCAGUCCCGUACCCACGGGCCUGGGUUCAAGGAGCCUCUGUCGGAAUGCAAGGCAGAUCGAAUAUUCGAGCGGAUACCAAUCCUAUCUCCUGGAUGCGUGGGGUAAAAAUAUCAGGAUGGGAUAUUGAAACCUUGGGUGAUGAAAUCACACAUGUAGGCGAGAAAUUCACCAAGGUCGUCUUUGAAUCAGUUGAUAUCAGGCGUCGAAAAACAACAAUUUCUCUUCAUGGCCCAUGGGGUGUAGACGGAGCCUCCCUCUUCUUGAGGGUAGAUAUCAAAUUUCCACCGGAUUAUCCUCGAGACUCAGUCCCGUCGUUCAGUGUGCAAAAGACGUCAGCUGUCACCGAACAACUCUCAAAUAAGAUUAUUGCAGAGUUGCAGACAAUCUCUGAAACUUAUUUGUCACAUAAGAGAGGCUGCCUUGAGGGAGUUGUACGAUACCUUUUGGGCGAAAGCAGUCUGGAAGACAGCAUCGCAUGGAUUCUGGGCGAAACAGCAGAAACUAUUAAGUCACCGACAAAUGGCCAAGUUGCGGACGAAGAAUCAAGUGACGAGGAUGAAGUCGGAAUGUCUCAAAGUCAAGAGCUAGGAAUGAGUUCUGAACUACUUCGGCCGAUCAAUGCCAAUGUGAUGGUACCGAUGGCCAAGGUAUGCGGUGCAGUCUGGGCUAAGGAUGGCCGCCUGGUGUGCUUUUUCCCUACGAAGAAGGAUAAGUCGGUAUAUUCUCUGGAAAAUCUAGGGUUGAAGGAGAUGACAAGACUGUCGAGAUCUGACAAAGUCUUUGAGGGCUUUGGCCGUUUGCAAACGAGCUCGCCUGGUCCGCGAAUAACCGGAACGAUCACCAGCACCGACGAUGGUGCUUCUGAAUACUCUGACGAUUCCGAGGCCGAAACUUCAAGUUCCUCCGGGUCUUCUGGUAUCCUCUCAGGACUUCAGCAUCGCUUCCCGACACCCCAAACAUGGCGGAGUGUUGGUAGCCUUGGAAUGUAUCGACCUCGUUCGACCGAUAACUCACAAAGAUCGACUGUAGGGGGGAUGACCACGAAAUCGGCAGAUAAUCCACCAAAUAUAAUUUCGAUACAUGACUUCGCCGAUCUACUACCAGCCAAGCGAGAACUGGCCAGUAGUUAUCGAAUCUGCGGCAAAGUUGUUGAUGUCUGUGCUCACAAUGCGGCAGUCGCCCUCGACCAUGGCUAUCAUGAGUUAGCUCGGAUCUGGGGCCUUGUCAAGCUUAUUCUCCACGAUUAUAAACCACCGCACUCAUCAAUUUCGAGCAUUGCGGAUAAGGCUUCACACAUCCAAAGAAAAGAUAGUGCUGUGGAUUUGAGCUAUGACGCCUUGAACCAAGAUCAAUCCUCUGAUGAAGCAGGAGGAGGGGUUAUCCAAUGGGGCAAUCAUCCUUUCGGUGGUCAUUGGCUCAUUCCGGCUCUCUUCAAACAUUUCGAACAGAUUGGGGACGUCCAAAUGGUUGCAAUGCUUUCAUGUGUAUUGUAUGAGCCGAACCUCGAGCGCAUCCCGCUGGAGAAGGAUAUUCACCACAGCAGAACGGUUUCUAAAGGAGGCGACAGCCAGUCUUUUUCGUUGGAAUUUUACGCCACCCCCCCCACGCCAGGGCAGAGUAAGUCACAAAUUGCAACGCCUCUCACUUCUACUCCAAAGGACAGCCAUGCAACCCCUGCUACACAGAGCUCUGGACAAUCGUCCUCUGAGCUGUGGCGUACGGGUACGACACCACCUUAUUCCACCGGUACCACACCUCCUUUCCUUUCACGUGCGAGUGGGUUGGCUGCAGAAAGAAAGGCAGGUACCCAAAAUGCGUCAUUAGCUGCUUCUCCAGACCUGCAGUCACAACCGCGGAGUGGCUCUGGAUUUGGCUCUGUUCUUGCCUCUUCUCUCUCUCGGUCCUUUACAUUUGGCCCAUCCUCAGCAUCACCUCCCGCGAGUAUGUUGCCAAAGAAAAAACAAAGCCCUGGCGAUAGCCCUCACACAGCGGGAGGACCUGGCAUAUGGACUACCACUGCCUUUACGGGUAAACCAGCUUCUGCAAUCCCCGAUUAUCUGACUACCUCCACUGUUCUUACUUCACAGACUCACUCUGAUACAGAGAGUGAACGGCCCCGAAUAUCAAAAGGGUCUGGGAAAGUUCAGGCAACUCUCAAGAAUCAGGGCGCCUUUGAUGACGAGACAAGGACACAAAAUUCGUUCCUUGACCCGAAGAACGACUGGCUCUACCGAUCAUACCGUAUUUCCUACGCUCGUUUACUCUCUAAUUGGGGAUUACCGGUGCAGCGCAGCGAAAUGCUCAAGAUUGGUGGAGCUGUAUUUCACCCAAAUCACACUUACGUAAGUCAUUGGAAUCCUAAUGGCCCGGAAGACUCGUUUUCACUCUCGAGUCUUGGCGGCCGCCGGGCCUCUAUUGCUGCAGGGAUAGCUGUUGGCAAGGAAAGCCAAGGUCUAGAAAUCCAAAGGCAUUGUAUUGGAUGUGGGGAGGCUCUCCAGCUGUCUGUCUUUGCGAUUCAAAGUGUAGCCGAUGCAGCGGCGGCAGCAGCAAAGAAUCAUGUCAAGGGCAAUAAUAUUACGUCGAUGAUUUGUCCAAAUUGUCAACCAAAACGAGCCUUGCCCUUGAAGAUCCCCUGUGUUUUAUGCGGUGAAGUGGUGGAGGGGAUGCUCACACCCUGUCUCAGCUGUGGUCAUGUCUGCUGCUUUGAUUGCUACCGUUGCUGGUUCUCAACCACCUCGAUGGACACUUGCGCCGAAGAAAAUACCCUACAACACAAUCCGGAUGAAGAGCUCGAGUUUGGAUUCUGUCCCAGCGGUUGUGGUUGCAAAUGUUCAGACCACAGCGAGGGCGAGCUACCGACUCCCUGGAGCCCAUCCUCUCCGGCUCCCGAAAGCGAAAGCUUUACACAUAAACCUCAGGGAAAGCGAUCAGAAGGGCCCUCCCGAUCCAUUGACCAAGUGACCAAUUCUGUCCAUCCCGAAGACGAGCUUGAGCACUGGCAGACUUCUCCUUUUGCAUCGCUUGCACGAGGUUUAGGGGGCGGCCUUAGUAAGGGGCUGCGUGGGAAAGAAGACAAGCGGAAAGCCAAGUCCUCAGCCACCACGUUUGUUCCCAAGAGAUCUUCUAUGAAUCAGGUUCUGAGCUGAUGGGGAUGAUGG